UGCGCACAAUCGUUGAAAAAAAACAGCUAAACGUACUGGUCCAAACCCAGCCCAUAUCAUUGGUUAAACCAAACCAAAGCACACCUUGGGCGAAAAAAAUCGGAAUAAAAGCACAGCCCAUUAACAUUCCAAAAGGCCGACCGCCCCUCUUCCACCUCUCUCUCUCUCUCUCUCUCUCUCUCUCUCUCAAACCCCAUCCGCCGUGCAUACCCUCUCUCUCUCUCCUCGCUCUCUCCACUCUCCCACUUCAUCCACAACUCUCCAAAACCUCGCGAAACCCUAGCUUCCUCCCCACCGCCGUCACCGGCGGAACCAGCCCACCGUCCAACCCUAUCAUCAUCAAAAAAAAGAAAAAAGACCCGACAACGCAAUGGCAACGACGCCCGUCUCAGAGUCCACCGACGGCCCCGUCCUCAGCGUCCUCAACAAGCGCCUCCGCACCCUAAAAAAAAAACUCAACCGCAUCGUCCAGACGGAAGAGGCCCAGGCCCAGGGCAAGCUCCUCAACAAGGAACAAGAAGAGGUCCUCCGCUCCAGACCCUACGUCGUCGCCGCCAUGGAAGAGCUCGAGAAGCUACGCGCCCCCCUCGCCUCCGCCCUCGCCGAGGAAAUCAACCUCGCCGUCACGCGCCACCACCACCAGGCAUCCUCGUCGCCCGCGUCCACGGAGUCCGAAAGGGAGCAGGAUAUAGAAGAUCUGGUGAAGCUGCUGUACUUCGGGAGUAUGUUUGACGUUAAGGGACAGAACGACUUCACCUCGACGAUGCUGACCCGGACGCACGAGCGGGGGUGCUGCUUGACUUAUGAUUAUGUUACCGAUGACGAGUCGAGCUUCGGGGAUCUGCUGAGCGAGAAGGACCUGGACUCGAUCUCGACUCUGAGCGGGCUGGUGGUGUCGCGGCCGGUCGACUCGAGCCUCUCGCACAAGGAGGCGUUGCGGCGAUGCGUCUCCAACGCCACGCAGUGGCUGCUGCGCUCGGACCAUCCGAUCGAUUCGGAUCCGAACGUCACUUAUGCUGGGUUAAGAGCAAAGCUGAACAAGAUUAUGGCUUCAGAUUAUGUUACCACGACGCCUGAGAUGAAAGCUACUGUUGAAAUGGCCGCUGCAGCCGCUGGAAAUUAUGCCUCUUUCCAGGUACCUGUUCAUGAAUCCAUGGGGCCAGUCAGUGUGCCAGUCCAUGUGGAAGGUUUGGAUGAGCAGUAUCAGCUGCAGAAGGAUGUAGAUGCAUCAAACUUUCAAGGAAAUCAAACAUAUGAUGAUCAGUCGAGUCCUGUGGAAGAAUCUCAAAAGGUGGGUGAAUUUGAGGCGGAAAAUUCUACAGAAGUUCGGUCUCAGACAGAAGUAGAGGAACCACAGGAAGAAUCACUGGAUCCAAGCGACAUGGAGUCAAAAGAGCAGCAGUAUGCUCCCCGGAGAAACUAUCCAAACAACCAAAGAGGCGGCCGUGGUGCUGGUGGGGGCCGCAGGGGUUAUUACCCCAAUGGCCGUGGAGCACGAGGAAGCAGCAGGGGAGGUGGCCCCUACCAGAAUGGCCGCAACCAAUUUUUUGACCACCCUGGAAACCACCCUGGUAACUACUACCCUAGGAAUUACUAUAACAAUAGGGGAAGAGGCGGCAGGGGUGGUGGUGGUGGGAACUUUUACAACAAUCAUACUUCAGGAGCUCAAGCCACCAAUCCACCAGCCGAGUCGUGAUGACCUUACAACUCAAUUAGUUGUUCAUAGGACUUUUUUUUGGCGACAAGCCAUUUAGGAUGGUGGUUCAGAUGUUUUUGCUUUGAAUGGAACUUGGGUUAUAUGCUGGUUGCUCUUGAGAAUGCUCCAUUGAGGACCCUUGUUUUUGUAGACGAUUAAUUAAGAACUUUUGGUUCUUUGUAAACGGUAGCAAUAGAUUUUCAUUUAAACUCCAACUAGUUCUUUAAAUUGGAUUUUCUGUGUCAUUUGAACAUGUAGGCAUCAUCAAGCCUUUUUUGUCGGCCUUACAAGCCGCUGAUUUGCACAUGGAAAAUAUUGUGUUGGCAAUACCAGUUUUUCAUUCUCCAAA